CUGAGCCCAGGGCUGCGCAUUCGGACGCUGACGGGCGCGAGCGGGCGACGCCGGGCUUGCAGCGCCGAGCAGAAAGCAAAGCCAGCAGGGCAUCUUCUAGGACCCCUGAUCUGAGGAGCCGCUCCCAAAAACGCUGCUCUGAUCCCAGCCCAUCAUUGGACAGGGAGCUCCAGGACCGGCAGGAUGGGGUCAGCCUGUAUCAAAGUCACCAAAUACUUUCUCUUCCUCUUCAACUUGCUCUUCUUUAUCCUAGGCGCGGUGAUCCUGGGUUUCGGGGUGUGGAUCCUGGCUGACAAGAGCAGUUUCAUCUCUGUGCUACAGACCUCCUCCAGCUCGCUCAAGGUGGGGGCCUGCGUCUUCGUCGGAGUGGGAGCUGUCACCAUGUUCAUGGGCUUCCUGGGCUGCAUUGGUGCCAUCAAGGAGGUCCGCUGCCUUCUGGGGCUGUACUUUGCCUUCCUCCUCCUGAUCCUCAUCGUCCAGGUGGCCGCGGGAGCCCUCUUCUAUUUCAACAUGGGCAAGCUAAAGCAGGAGAUGGGCAACAUCGUGACCGAGCUCAUUCAGAACUACAAGGACGGGCAUGAGGACAGACUGCAGGAGGCCUGGGACUACGUGCAGGCUCAGGUGAAGUGCUGCGGCUGGGUCAGCUUCUACAACUGGACGGACAAUGCGGAGCUCAGGCACCGCACCAACAUCACCUACCCCUGCUCCUGCGAGGACCGGAAGGAGGCGGACGAGGGCUUCCCGGUGAGGAGGGGCUUCUGUGAGGCCUCGGACGGCAACAGCACCGACAGCGGCAACGACCCCGCGUCCUGGCCCGUGUACCGGGAGGUGCGUGGAAGGCUGUGGGGCCGGGCUGGGCCUGGGGCUCUCCGGGUUCGGCUCCUGGGCAUGCUCCUGUCCAUCUGCUUGUGCCGGCACGUCCAUUCUGAAGACUACAGCAAGGUCCCCAAGUACUGA